AUGCAAUGGAGUGACUUUCGGAGAAGUCUGGAUAGCUUAGUGAAUCUGCAAGUUCCACGUCGGGUCGCUUUCAGCAAGGAUUGUCUUUCAAUGCAAUUGCACGGGUCUUGCGAUGCCUCUACCAAGGCCUACGGAGCAUGCAUUUACCUGCGCUGCAAGCAUUUCAAUGGAAGUGUCACGUCACACUUGCUGGUGGCAAAAUCAAGGGUUGCACCGCUUGACGACUUAAAGAAACGGAAAAGGAAACAGUCGAUUCCGCGAUCGGAACUGUCGUCCGCACUAUUACUCGCUCAUCUUUAUGAGAAGGUGGUGACCAGUCUGAAAAUAACUGUUCGAUCAUACUUCUGGACCGACUCUAUGAUAGUCCGAUAUUGGUUGUCAUCGAGUCCAUCACGGUGGCAGCAAUUCGUUGCGAACAGGGUAUCGGAAAUACAACAUGCUACACGAGGCGGCGUGUGGAGUCAUGUACCAGGCACAGAAAACCCAGCAGAUGUACUAUCUCGUGGCGUAACUGCAGAUCAGCUGAACGAAGAUCCCCUAUGGUGGAAUGGGGCACCGUGGAUGCGAGGAAACGAAGACUGUUGGCCAGAAAAUGUACACCUAACCGUGGCAGGUGUCGACCCAACUGUGCUGGAAGAAAAUUCGGCUGUGUCCGUGGUAGUCAAUAUGUCUCCGCCGAACGAAAUCUUCAGCCUCAGAUCAUCGCUGACACGUCUAGUGAGAAUCACUGCCUGGCUUCUCAGAUGGAAGCACAACGCGCAACAAAGGACUCACAACAAUCGAAGGUCUGGGAUUCUAACCUAUGCAGAACGAGAAUCAGCUCUACUUCAUCUUGUGAGAUUGGCUCAACGGGAGUGCUUCGAACAGGAACUAAAGGAUUUGCAACGAGAGGGUCAAGUUAAAUCGACGUCUCGCAUUAACACUUUUCAUCCGAUAAUGCUGGAUGGUAUAGUUCGCGUCGGUGGUAGACUGGUGAAUGCUCUAGUUUCAACCGAGAGAAAGCAUCCGAUAGUGUUGGAUAAAAAUCAUCCGUUCACGUCACUAGUAUGCUUCAUUAUCACUACAAUUUGUUACAUGCCGGUCAGCGACUGCUCAUUGGCAGCGUUCGUGGCCGAUUUUGGCCGCUCAGCAUACGUAGUCUUGCCCGGCAGACAAUACACCGUUGUGUAA